AUGCCCAUUGCUUACUUUCUACUGCACUUCAUUUUGGUCUUGCAACUGAGCUAUGCUUUUCAAUCAUACAGCAUUCCCAGCAUUCUGAAAUCCCAACCUUCAAGAUCUGUCUCAUCGUAUCAUUCCUCCUCGUCUGUAAACUUGAACUCGCAUUCUGAACAAGUCCAUGUUGGUGCUUCUUCUUCUUCUUUGGACGAUGCCGUGCUGAAUCGAUAUGCUUGUACACGGUUCAAGCGUUUUGAUAAUGAAACGGGGGCCCUAGAAUACGCUUCUCCAUCUGAUCCAGACAUAGUGAAUGGGGCAGCCUCGGCUUUAGAUUUGGCCAGGAGAGCACCUUCUGGUUUCAACACACAACCAUACAAAGUCCUACUGGUGAGCUCGAAGGAGCAAAAAGAGGCUCUAUCAAGAUACUGUUGUGGGCACAAUGCACACCGUGUACGCGAUUCAGAUUGCACUGCGAUAUUCCUGGCAGAUCGGCAGGUCACCAGAACCUUUGGUGACUUUUCGGAUAUGCUUCAGAAAAACAACGAGAAUCGUCCACCAAAGGGACUUUGGCUGAUGAAAGUUUACAUAACUCUCUUUUCUUCUGGCUUGCCUUUUCCGAAGUGGAUUGCCGGGCCUAUUUCUUGGGCGAUGCGGUUGGCCUUGCGAAUGGUAUCUUGGGUGGCCCGGUCUUCCUACCCCAUUCCCACUCUGUCCAGCAGCGAGACUUGGAGUCAAAAGAACACCAUGCUGGUGGCGAUGACCUACAUGUUAGGAUGCACGACGAGACAAAUAGCAACUUGUCCCAUGGAAGGCUUUACAACUUGGGGUAUUCGACAGGCACUAAAAAUCCCUCGGCGGUACACCAUUCCAUUGAUUGUCGCUACUGGGACGCCACAUUACACCCGCCGACGACCCAGCAUUGACACCCAAGGCAAAACUUCCAGCAGUACCAAACCUACUGCCGAGGCUGCAAAUUCAUCAACAGUUUCAUCCUCUGGCACAAUGCGUACCGAUGAUACUGGAGUUUCACAUGGACCGUCGUCUUCAACCUCUGGAACACCGCGAUACUCGUUCGAUAAUGUUGUGUUUGGAGAUAGUUUUGGACAGCCCUAUUCACAGCUGUAG